GGUACUUCUUCCAGCUAACAAGGAGCCAUGUCCUACAUUUUCGUCAACGAUUCCUCACAGACAAAUGUGCCUCUGCUACAAGCUUGCAUUGACGGAGAUUUCAACUAUUCAAAGAGGCUGCUAGAGAGCGGCUUUGACCCAAAUAUCCGUGACAGUCGGGGCCGGACGGGUCUCCACCUGGCCGCAGCUAGAGGCAACGUCGACAUCUGUCAGUUGCUGCACAAAUUUGGCGCUGACCUUCUGGCUACCGAUUACCAGGGUAACACGGCCCUUCACCUCUGUGGGCAUGUGGAUACCAUUCAGUUCCUCGUCUCCAAUGGACUCAAAAUAGACAUUUGCAAUCACCAAGGUGCGACUCCGCUGGUCCUGGCAAAGCGAAGAGGCGUCAAUAAGGAUGUGAUCCGAUUGCUGGAGUCCUUGGAGGAGCAGGAGGUGAAAGGAUUCAACCGAGGAACGCACUCAAAGCUGGAAACCAUGCAGACGGCUGAAAGUGAGAGUGCGAUGGAAAGCCACUCGCUUCUCAACCCGAACCUGCAGCAAGGCGAAGGGGUCCUGUCCAGCUUCCGAACAACAUGGCAGGAGUUUGUGGAGGACCUCGGCUUCUGGCGGGUGCUGCUCCUCCUCGUUGUGAUCGCCUUGCUGUCCCUCGGGAUUGCGUACUACGUUAGCGGAGUGCUUCCUUUUGUAGAGAACCAGCCUGAACUGGUGCAUUAGAGGGGUUUGUCAACAAAUAGCAUCCUUACCGUUAUUUUUAGCUUCUCAUAUGUUUGUGU